AUGGCAGCAAGCCAGGCCAGAGAAUCACAACCAAAUAGACCAGAAGCCGAAUCUACGAACCGUACAAACAGAAAAACACGACCAUCCAAUUCCUCUAGACAGCGAGAGACGACAUCCAAACAGUCUACGAACACUCAAAAGACUCAAAGAGCAAGCCACUGCCCCAAUCGACCAAAUCAUCCAACUCUCCACAGUGCAUUACCUCGAAAUCUCCCUUCCAGACUGCCACCUCUACAACGACCGCAAUACUCACUCGCAGGGAAUGUUGGUCCGCAAGCCCAUGCCCCGAGCUAUGUCGAUCCAAGAUACUACGACUGCAAUCCAAGUUAUCGAAAGCAGAAAGACGCACCAGUAUGGGGGCUUGCAAAACCUCUACCAAGAGUCGUCCGGCCUGGGAUGCGGAAAGGCGGUCAUGAUACACGAGAGAAAGAUGGAGUGGUAGAGAACAUGGAUGCGGAGAUAGAUGCACCAGGCAGUGCUGAGGCAAUUCCACAAGUAGGGAUGAUUGAUGAGCAGAGACAAGGGGAAGGGAAAAAUCCAAUUGAAGAGAAGGCAAGGACUGAAGCGGACCGUGGCUAUGGACAUCAGAUCCGGCAAGGAAAAGGCAGACAGCAAAGCAGGAGAAGUGGGAAUAUCGCUGGCCGUCUAAGAUCCGAGACCAGUGUGGUGGAUCGCUAUGGUACACCAAAAGAUGAAAGAAGUAAUCCAUUGGAAGAGUGGAGGUCUCGGACUACCUCUCCAGGCUCGGAUCCAUUUGAUGAUGCCAAGGGGGAUAUGGCCAAUAGGAGGCUUAGCUAUUUGUCAAGCUUGAGGGAAAUUCCAACAGGUCAACCCUCUGUCUAUGAUUGUCAGGAGCAAGCAGACAUUGAUCUGGAAGCUGGGAACAAUAUUGAUGAUUGGCCUCUAGAAGAUGGCGAGGCAGAAGAAUAUAUAAGAGAAGAGGAGGACAUGCAUAACAGCUGGCCUUCAAUACGAGCCCGAUUCCGAGAACCACUGGCAGAGUGUCUAGCAACCAUGAUAGCCAUCCUUAUUGGGCUUUCCACCAAUCUUUCUGUUCAAACGUCAAACAAUACGAAAGGAACCUACUUCUCUGAAAACUGGGCAUGGGGUCUAGGCGUCACCAUUGGGAUCUACAUAGCAGGCGGCAUUUCAGGAGGUCAUCUCAACCCCGCCAUUUCCUUGACUCUCUGCCUUUACCGUGGCUUCCCUCUUCGGAAAGCAGGAAUAUACAUCUCAGCUCAAAUCCUGGGUGCUCUCAUCGCUGGUCUUCUUGCAUGUGGAAUCUACAAAGACGCCAUCCUCCAUUUCGACUCUGAAGCGGCGUCACAGGUGCUGAAGGAGUUUCGACAACACCAGUUGGACUCUAUGCUGGUGGAACCGGAUUAUCAUUCUACUCGCAACCAGCAGACUUCGCCGGUGCAGGAGCAGCAUUCGCCAAUGAGAGCAGGAAUGCAUGCUUUUAUCGUAGGUCUCCUCGUCACAGCUCUGACAAUGGCGUUUGGCUUUAACACUGGGGCAUGCUUGAACCCAGCGAGGGAUUUCGGACCAAGGUUAGCAACUGCAAUGGUUGGUUAUGGAGGAAGUGUUUUCACGGUUCGAGAUGCGUGGUGGUUUUAUGGUGCUUGGGGCGCAACGAUUACUGGGGCUCUGGCUGGUGGUGGUCUUUAUGAUCUUGCUAUUUUUGUGGGAGGUGAGAGUCCGAUCAAUUAUCCUAGGGGCAGGAGGAGGAAGGUCCAGAGGAAGUGCCAAGGAGGGUUUGAAGAUGAGGUGGUGGAUUUUCAAGAAGGAUAUGGAAAGAGGUGUCAAGAGGCAAGUUGA